AAAGGUCAAAGUGCAGUUUUCUUGUUGUGGAUUUGCUGUUGGGGGUUGUUCCCCGCGUUGUUUUUUUGUAAGCUAAUUCCAUAUUUUUUACUAAGAAACGGCGCACAGUUUGAAUCCUUGAUGGCAAGCAAUGCAGAAUCAUCAUCAAACGUUGCUGCGAGUGAAAUCACAAAGACACAGAUACCACCAUGUCAUUAUGAAUAUUUGGAUCACACAGCUGAUGUUCAAUUGCAUUCUUGGGGAGACACGCUUCAAGAAUCAUUUGAACAGGUUGCUAUAGCAAUGUUUGGUUACAUGACAGAAAUUGAUAAGGUGGAAAUCAAGCAAACUCAGUCUAUUGAAGCUGAAGGUGAUGACGUGUUGUCGUUACUCUUCCAUUUUUUAGAUGAAUUCUUGUUUCUAUUUUCUGCUGAUCCAUUUUUUAUACCGAGGAAAGUACAAAUAGUUGAAUUUGAUAUGAAAAACUUUAAAAUACAAGCAAUUGGAUUUGGUGAGACUUUCGACCUUUGUAAGCAUCCCCAGGGAACAGAAGUCAAGGCAAUCACAUAUUCAAAUAUGCAAGUUCAUGAAGAUCGCCCAACCAAUGACAUAUAUGUCAUUAUUGAUAUUUAGAAAUUUUCUCCAAUGAACUAGUUUUAAGACCAAGAAAAGGUGCGGCUGCACUAACACUGAAUGUCAACUUGGGGGUGGGGGUGUGUGGAUGUUCACACCCACCUUAUCCUCGCCAUGAUCGGUGAGCAAAUUUUAGAUGCCUGGAAAUAUUUUCCUCCUUCGAACAAUCUUUUAGCUGUGAAGCAAAUGAAAAUGUCCUUUAACACUACAGACACCCCCUAUUCAAACUGGCCCCAAAAUAAUUAUGGGGAAUGUGGCAUCCUAUUAUAUUCUGUGUAAUAGAGGCCCUACAAUGGUGCAUCCAUUUCCCUGUAUUAUUUAGCAUUGAUACUAAUGACUGUAGAUUACAAAUUAAGUAUGCGGAUGACAGUGUCAU